AUGGUGCUCCUUUCAAAGAUCAUUGGGCCUAUUGGGUGUGCUCUCGUGAUGACCCCCCUAAUCGGAGUCAAAGUGCAUGUCAUGGGCGAUGUGAGAGCUGGCUUCGAGUUCCAGGCCAAGAGAAGCCACAGUCUGCAUUCAUCUACCAACCUCCCCUCGAAGCGGGUCCCACUUCAGUGGGUCUCAGCCCAUUUCUUUGAUGAGGAGGCCAUGCUUAAUCAUGGAAUUGAGAAUGAUGAUGAUAUGCCCAUUGGGCCUUUUGAAGUUACUGCCCGACUGGCUGAGCCUCCAGGGAAAACAUUGAAUACUGUUGAUAAAAGGAACAUCUCCGAAAGGCCUGUCCGAAGACGAAUCAUUCAACGAGACUGCCAGACGUGGGUUUGUGAGUCUGCUGAUAAGCUUGUCGAAGGUGGGAUUUUCAGAGAGGAUGUUGCUGCAUACCUACGUGCCAUCACACAGUGA